AAUUGGCUGAGAGAUUCCAAUACGAAGAGAGAAAACCGAUUCAGGGCGGCGACUCAGGGGAGGGAAAUGCGUUGGCGAAACAGAAGAGGCGGAGGCAGCGGCGGUGGUGGCUUCACGGUGAAGCUUGAGCGCAACGGUUGGGUAGAAGAGAAUCUGAAGACCUCAAAAAGAAGGGGAAAAAGAAAAGAAAGAAAAAUUAAAAGAGGGAAUUUAAAGAAGAAAGAGAAGGAAAGGUAUUAACAAUGGAACCAAACCCCAACUACCAUGGCUCACUCAGUAGGUGUCCGACUUUAAUUUACUUUCUUACGAUCGCGUCUUCUUCUUCAAGCAAUGCCGUUAAAGGGAAUAGAACUUGUUGAGGUUACCCCCAGAUCUCUUGCUACCACAAUAGGCCUCCAUUAGAAAUCCUCCAUGAGGCUACAUUCCCUUUUUGCAGCAUUUUUACUCUUACUUUCCUUCAUCGAGGCUGAUCUAAACUCAGACAAGCAAGCUCUUCUCGAGUUUAUUUCGACGGUUCCCCACGGUCGAAAAAUCAACUGGGAUCCCUCUACCCCGGUCUGCACGGCUUGGGUUGGCAUCACGUGCACUUCCAACCUCUCUAAUGUGCUUGCUCUCAGGCUGCCUGCUGUUGGACUGUUUGGUCCGAUACCCGCCAAUACACUUGGAAAGUUAGACGCUCUUAGAACCUUGAGUCUUCGAUCUAACAAUCUUAAUGGGAACGUUCCAUCGGAUGUGCUAUCCCUUCCCUCCCUAAAGUUUAUAUAUCUUCAACAUAAUAACUUUUCUGGUCAAAUAUCUUCUUCCCUGUCUCCUAGCCUUACCUUCCUCGAUCUGUCGUUCAACUUUCUCACGGGAAACAUUCCGACAUCGAUACAAAAUCUCACGCAGCUCACUAGCCUCAAUGUUCAAAACAACUCCCUGAACGGAUCCAUUCCUGAUAUCGGUCACCUAAAGCUUAAACUAUUGAAUGUGAGCUACAACCAUCUUAGCGGUCGUAUUCCCGCUUCACUGCAAUCAUUUCCUCCUUCUUCCUUUGAAGGGAACUCACUGCUAUGUGGCUCACCUCUGAAAAAUUGCUCACUUGGUGCUCCCUUACCUUCUCCAUCUCCCACUUCUUCGACCCGGCCGAAGAACGAAAAGAGGAUAAACAUUGGAGCCAUCGUUGCCAUUGCCUUGGGUGGUUCUGCAUUGCUCUUCCUCGUCACGAUAUUGAUUGUCGUCUGUUGUAUAAAGAAAAAAGAUGGCGAAGGUAGUACCGUUGCUGCGAAAGGAAAGGGCAAAAGGAGUGAGCAACCAAAGGAGGAUUUCGGAAGCGGGGUGCAAGAGCCCGAGAAAAAUAGGCUCGUGUUCUUUGAAGGAUGUUCGUAUAAUUUUGAUCUCGAGGACUUGUUAAGGGCCUCCGCCGAAGUACUCGGAAAAGGGAGUUACGGGACUACUUACAAGGCGAUCUUGGAGGAUGGAAUUACAGUGGUAGUAAAGAGGUUGAAGGAAGUGGUAGCUGGGAAGAAGGAUUUUGAUCAACAAAUGGAGAUUGUUGGGAGAAUCGGCCAGCAUCCGAACGUCGUGCCUCUCCGUGCCUAUUACUAUUCGAAAGACGAGAAGCUUUUAGUUUACGAUCACGCCAUUGCUGGAAGCUUUUCCUCAUUACUCCAUGGAAGCCGAGAUGGUGGAAGAGGGCCACCGGACUGGGAAACACGAGUGAAGGUUUCACUUGGGUGUGCCAAAGGCCUUGCACAUAUCCAUUCAUCAAGUGGGGGAAAAUUGAUCCAUGGCAACAUAAAGUCCUCUAACAUCCUUCUUACACAAGACAUGAAUGGUUGUAUUUCAGAUUUUGGCUUGACUCCUUUGAUGAACUCUCCAAUCAUUCCCUCUAGAAGCGUAAGUUAUCGUGCUCCAGAGGUGAUCGAGACUCGAAAGUCAACUCAAAAGUCAGACAUUUACAGUUUCGGAGUCGUUUUGCUCGAGAUGUUGACUGGGAAAGCGCCAUCCCAAUCGCCAGGCCGUGAUGAUGUCAUGGACCUUCCUAGAUGGGUCCAAUCUGUGGUUAGAGAAGAAUGGACCUCUGAGGUAUUUGAUGUAGAACUAAUGAAGUAUCAAAACAUUGAAGAAGAGCUGGUUCAAAUGCUCCAAAUAGCAAUGGCGUGUGUGUCACGAGUGCCAGAUAUGAGACCAACGAUGGAGGAAGUUGUUAGGAUGAUCGAGGAAAUCCGACCAUCUGACUCGGGAACUCGACCAUCAUCAGAAGAUAACAAAGACGGGGACGGAGACGGAGACGGAGACGAUUACUUGAAUACUCCGACCUGACCUUGUAUUCGUUCACAACGCAUCUACUGUUCUCGAGAACCCGAAACCUUCAUCUAACAGUAAGUUAUUGUGUGUGUGAUGCAAUUUUUUUAUAUUUGGAGGGUCUUAUUGUUUUGGGCUAUGAUUGGUUGUCUGUAUUGUCUCUUGUAAUAACCAUUUCAAAGUUUUAAUCAUUAAUUAUCAAAUUUGAGUCCUAGGUUUCCUGU